GCUAUAAAAGCACUCCCUCCUUUACUGGAACAUGCAUUUAAUGUCAAUCUGGGUUUGUCUGACUGGAGGUUUGGGAUGUGCAGCAGUCUUCCUCUGUCUGUGACUAAAAUGUGUAAACAAGUAUGCUGAGGAGAACUCUGUGAAGAAGAUAGAGAUCAACAAGUCAAAAAGAUGUGGAAGUUCCAGAAAAGUUUGGGCUGUUUAUUUCUACUCUGUUGCAUCUGCUCGACUAAAUGCCGGGUGCUGAAGUUUGUCGUAGCUGUGUUCCGACAUGGCGAUCGAUCGCCCAUUGAAUCGUAUCCCAAGGAUCCACAUGGAGAGGAAGUGUGGGCUCAGGGAUUCGGACAGCUCACUGAGCUGGGCAUGAAACAACAGUUUGAGCUGGGUGGCUUUCUAAGGAGGCGUUAUGGCAACUUUCUCAGUGAGGACUACAACAACAAAGAGCUAUAUGUGAGGAGCACUGACUACGACCGCACUCUGAUGAGUGCCCAGGCCUGCCUAGCUGGGAUGUUCCCCCCAACCAGACGCCUGCCUCCCAUCAUGCCCCAGUUACUGUGGCGGCCCGUUCCAGUGCACACCAUCCCCAGGGCCCAGGACAAGCUGCUGAAGUCUCCAGGCAAAGACUGUCCAAGGUUCAGAGCACUGAUGACGGAGACCUUCGAAAGCGAGCAGUACCAGACAUUCCUAAGGGCUCACCAGUACUUUGUGGAGGGACUUUCUAACCACACUGGCUACCCUGUCUCCAAACUGGUUGGGAAAAAAAUAUGGAGGGUUUACGACACUCUUACUUGUCAGAGGAUCCAUAACUUGACUCUCCCUCGCUGGGCCACCCAAGAUGUUCUGGACACCCUAAAGAGAAUUGCAUCAUUUGAGGUCAUGUACAGCAUCCUCAGUCACAAGAGAAAAGAAAAGGCCAGGCUCUCGGGAGGGGUGCUGCUCAAUGCCAUCCUGAGGAAUUUCUCCAGGGCCGUAGAGCAAGGGAGCACUCUGAAAUUCAUUAUGUACUCAGCCCACGACUCUACCCUCAUCACCCUGCAGGCAGCUCUGGACGUGUACAACGGCCUUCUCCCUCCUUACGCUGCCUGUCAACUCUUUGAGUUCUACCAGGAGAAUGAUGGUUCCUAUUCUCUGGAGCUGUAUUACCGCAAUGACUCCAAACACGACCCCUACCCCAACCCUGUGCCCGGAUGCAACGGGCUGAACCCCUGCCCUUUGCCCAUGGUCACUGAGCUGGUGCGGGACGUGGUGGCAGAACAGUCAGAGGCCGAGUGCGGGUUUAACACAAGAUUGUCAAGCACAGGUGUCAUAACAGCUCUUGCAGUGGCUGUGGGUGUCCUGGCAGUGGCACUGUUGUUCAGCAUAGGAGUGGCAAUCCACAGGAGGAGAGCACACUAUUCCAGGGAGGUGUAGUGUGGACAACUGUCACAGAUGUGCCAAAUAUACAGAAAGGUGCUUCUCUAAUAAUACGUGUAAUGUAUUUUAAUAUCCUGAUUAUGUGUGUGGAGAGGCUUGUGAGCUUCACUUCUACAAAUGCUGUUAGUGUGACUAAAAACUACAAAUGUAAAGUAUGUUAACUAACUUUAAUAGAACAUACAUUUGAAAUAAAUCGUUAUGUAUAGCAGGCAUAGCUACAUUUUAUUUUAUUCACUCUGUGACAGUGUAUUCUAAAUACUGACAUUCACAGUUUGGUUCAUAUGAUUUCACAUUCUUUGCUGUUCGGUUUCUCACUUCUUCUCCGGGUCUGCGGCAACUGUGGGAUAACAGGACAGAUGAUGAGAGUUAGAUUUUGUUGACAUAAGCCCUAAUUGAAUGGCAAGUAUUUUGUUUCACAUCCACAUUCAAACAAUUCAAUUCUAUUGCAGCUGUCAUCGUAAAAACACAGUCAGCUUUUAGAUUUGAGUGUGCGUCACAUAAGUAAAACUAACCUCGUAAUCUUCUGUAUUCCAAACCACAAAAUAAAGUCCUCCUGCACUCAAAUUACCAACGCUCCCCCUCCUUCAUCCCUCCCCUCCCAUCUGCCUCCAGCCCUGCAGCCCCUCUCAUCCCCUCUGUUCUUACCUCGGAUGUCCAGCUUGCACUCCACUUCGUCUUGGCCCAGAUCAUUGACAGCCAUGCAGGAGUAUUUUCCAGAGUCAAAGGUUCCUGGCUUGCGAAUAUUAAGGGUCAGCACUCCCUGGUUGUUCUGCAUCAAGAACUUGGGAUCCUGACCGAUGAUCAUCCUGUUCUUCAUCCAAACGAUCUUAGGCUGAGAUAUGGAAAAAAUAAAGUUAUUUAAUCAUCAGAUGCAACAUUUCAAUGUUAGAUUACAGAAAAUUUGUCUUUUCGCGCAAUGUUGUUUGAAAUUGAAAGGCUGCUGCUGGUAGAUCUGCGUACAUGUCUCUCUUACAGCAAAGUUCAGACCUUUUUUUUUUUUUAGCUUAUGAGAACCGGCAGUGUCAGACGCCUCCUGUGAGUCACACUUCGCGGCCUAUUUUAAAAUGCAGGUUUACCUUGGGGAAGCCUCUAACGGCACAGCUGAUGGCGGUACUGUAACCGGCCACUGCACAUCUGUCAAUCAGGGGCUGAGUAAACUUGGGCACACAGGACAUAUCUUUCUCCUUGUAGGGGUUUGUUUUGAUCUCCAGGCCUAUGGAGAAAGGUGGGAGGGUGAGGACGAUUGUAUAAAAUGCCGUAUCCACUACAAACAAACACCUGCUGGACUACACACACCUUUCUUGGCGAUGACAGCCGUGUUCUUGCUUACACGCGCCUCCUCGCUCAGGCCGCAGAUGUUUUCACUGAAGACACGGAACAUGUAUUCAUUGCCCAUGAUCAGAUCUGAAGCCGUGCAGUUUGUCCGUCUGUUGUGUUCAUAAACAGUGAACCAUUCCUGUAGAGAGAAAAAAUGUGAUAAUGUUAAAUUCAAGUGGGCAUAUAGUAAAAGUGUCUGACACUGUAUUCGCAGCAUUAUUGUUGAGCUGCAGGCCCUACUGUACAUGCAGCAGACUGUAGGGAUGAUCUACUGUAGGUUUGAAAUGCUACCCCCCUCCACCUCCUUUCUCACCUUGGUCUUGAAGUCUGCCUUCUGGAUGGUGUAUCCAGUGAUGUCACAGUUGCCAUCGUCCUUGGGGGGGGCCCACUCCAGUGCUGCAUUGAAGCCCCAGACCUCUGUCACCUUCACGUUCAGAGGUGGGCCAGGUUUAU